GAGUGUGUGUUCACAGUUUAGCUAACUGGGUGAUUCAAGUAGAAUGUAUCCCAUUUUAACGAUAGUUUUGGAAGUGUUCAUUCUCACUGCCUCAUGUGUAUUGUGUUUGGAUAAUGGAAUGGCAACACUACCACCAAUGGGUUGGAUGACAUGGCAACGAUUUCGAUGUCAAAUUGAUUGUCACAACUACGCAGAUGAUUGUAUUAGUGAAAAGUUGAUUAAACGUACUGCUAACAGACUAGUAUUAGAUGGUUGGAGAGAUUUAGGUUAUCGUUAUGUAAUAAUAGAUGAUUGUUGGCCAGAACGGAAACGGGAUUCGAAGACAAACGAAAUAGUUGCAGAUUAUAAACGAUUUCCGAAUGGCAUUAAAAGUGUUGGACAUUACUUACAUUCUAAACAUCUACUAUUUGGCAUAUAUCUCGAUUAUGGAACUCAAACAUGUGAAGGUUAUCCAGGAAGUAUGAAUUAUUUGGAGGUGGAUGCCGAUAGUGUGGCUAAAUGGGAAGCAGAUUAUGUAAAGAUGGAUGGAUGUAACAGUCCGCAAAAAAGUAUGCCAGAGGGCUAUGGAAAGUUUUCCAAAUUAUUGAAUGCAACUGGCAGACCAAUAGUGUUCUCAUGCAGUUAUCCUGCUUAUAUUCCUUGGAUGAAAAAUACUAGUUUGAUUGACUGGAAGAGACUGAUAAACAAUUGUAACUUGUGGCGUAUGCUGGGCGACGUUCAAGAUAGUUGGUCAUCGGUUAUUAGUAUUAUAAACGCAUAUAAACUCCAAAAUGAUGUGUUACCGAAGUUGGCUGGUCCAGGACAUUGGAAUGAUCCUGAUAUGUUGUUGAUGGGAAACUUCGGUCUUUCAGAUGAUCAGAAACGAGUUCAAAUGGGUAUGUGGUGUAUGUUUGCUGCUCCACUAUUGAUCUCAGCUGACAUGGAAAAGUUAGAUAAUUUCAGUGUAUCUCUGUUACGUAAUGCACGUUUAUUGGCUAUAGAUCAGGAUAAAGGUGGACAUCAGGCGGAAUUCAUCAGAUCACGAAAUGAUGUACAGAUGUGGAUGAGACAAUUAGAUGGAGAUCCAAUUGGUUGGGCAAUCGCUUUUCUUUACACAACUGAUGGUGGUGGACCGAUUCACUUUUACACAAGUCUUGGUGAAUUCAAAUCACGAUCGUAUAGGAUAUCUGGAGAUCAGUUUGAAUUAUUGGAUGUGUUCAAUGGUGAUAAAUUUAAAGUGAUUCAACGAAGAGAGAAGUUUAUGAUUUCCAUCAAUCCAAAUGGGAUAAUGAUGUAUCGAGUUAAACGUGUUCAACUAGAGACUGUUUCUGAAGAAAUUGAUGGACCGUUUCAGACAUUUUUAUCGCCUUAAGAAAUCCACUUCAUUACUUCAAUAUCAUAUAAACUGAACAGUUCUUGAUUGAGAUAACUAUUUCAAUACAUAGUGCUCUAGAAAUCUAUCCAUUCGGUCACUUAUCUCAUUAGUGUGAUGUGAUUUUAUUUCGGUUGAAGCACUUGCUACGACGCAAAAUACUAUCGAUAUUUUAGUAAUGUUGUGAAGUAAUCGCUGAAAUUAUUGGGAGUAGUCAGUGACGCACGGAUUGAUUGACUGAUCUUACAUGAAUGAAAAUGAUAAUGAGCCAGUAGUAUAUGAAUGAACGAAAACCUGAUGUUAUAUUCGACAUAUCUACGGAAACUCAUGGAAACCGUCAUCAUCAGCACGAGACUUUCCUAUUUGAUUUGUUUUAAUGUCUUGGAGGAGUAGUGUCCAAGUAAAUUACAGCACUUGCUACUUGUGGCGUAUUCAAAAUAAAUUUUGAUAAAUCAGUUAAUUGUGUUGGAAUUCGUCUUCAUUUGUGAAACUUAUUAAACUUUUGGAAUAAAACGACCGUUCAAUUAUAAAUCCAUCUUUCAUUAUUUUCGAUUAACUAAAGUUUAAAUUUUUUAUUCUUUCCUGAUUGUUAGGAUGAUAAAAUGAAAUGAAGUUAUUGUUUCUGACCGGGAUAGUAUGUUUGGGUAUGUCAAUUGUGUUUACGUCGAAGUUUCUUUUAAUACAGUUGUGAAUACGAAACUUAGAUAAUGGUCUAUUAGUUUGAGCAAUCUUCACUAUUAGCUUCAUCCAUUAUUAUGUUUUUGAUACAAUAUAAAAUUAUCAGAACAAAUUUUUUUCAACACGUUUCGUUCUCUUAUUUGCUGACCGGUACUAACUGCAAAUUUUGAAUGAUAUUCACUAAACAGUUCGAAAAUCGACAUCUGAAAAACGUACAUCUUUUCCGAUGUUGUUGAUUAUACUUUUUGUAAGCAGACAGCGAAAGAUUGUAAACGCUUCAUAAAAACGUCUAUAAGGGUUGUGCUUUUAAUGGAUAUAAUGAUGUGUUUAAACAAACAAAAGUAAAUUGGCUUGUUGAAACAACUGGAUGUCAGACAUACGUGCUGCGGACAUUCAAUUAGGUCUCUUUGCAUUUUUCUACACAAAGGAAGGUGAUGAACGCAUUUAAAUUCACACCAGCCUCAAUGAAUUUGAGUCACAGUGAUAUAAGACAUCUGGACACUAAUCCAAAAUAAUAGGUUAUCUAGUAGUGUUCAGGUUAGAGACGUUGACUUAUCACCGUGGUUCAUGAUUCUUAUCUAUCCAUCUGGAAUAAUGAUAUGUCGAGUUAAACUGGUAGAUAUUUCGCGUUGCGCAGUACAGCAAGUUGUUGUUGGCGUUCGGCAACUUGGACUAUGACAGACAUUCUGAGAUCCAAUAUUUAAUACGGUGCACAAUGAAAUCAGUCUUUUACAAGAAUGAUCGGCAAACAACACCCAUUUCAAAACAAAUCAUAUUCGCGUGUCGUUUAGUCAAUAAGAGCAUAGGGUUCAUCUAAUGUUAAAUAAUAAUACGUCCUAAAUUAGUUAUACGGAUGGCUUAGCCUAAAUGACGAGAUCAAUGUAG